AGAAACCGUUCAGGCUCAAAUACCGAGACCUGGCGUGGACGUGCCAACAUGCCGGUCAGGACCUAGGAACAUCUUCGCCAUGCCCUGGGCCCCGGCCCGCGGCCUCGCCGCGUCUGGUCUCCGGCGGCUGUGGCGCCCGGUCUCGGCGCUGGGGCUGGGGGGCCUGAGCCUGGGCCUCCGCAGACCGGCGCAGGCGGAGGAGCCAGAUGUAACGCAGCUGCUGCGGAGGGCCGCCCCGCUGAGCUGGCAGGAGGAGCUGGAGACGGGCAGAUCGGUGCUGGAGCAGGUGCAGCAGGUGCUGCAGGCCCACUUCGGGCAUCUGCGGCUCGGAGCGCUGGACCCCGCGGCGGUGUUCUUCAGCGUGCUGGCGAAGCGGGAGCUGCGCACCCCCCAGUGGAAGCAGGACCAGGUGAACAGCUCCCGCCUGGCCGUGCAUGACCUCAAAGGAGACGUGCUCUUCUUUGAAGAGCUGCUGCGCUAUGCGCGCCUGGCCGAUGCGGCCUAUCUCCCCGACGAGGCCUCGGUGAGUGGGGCGCUGGAGCCGGGCUUCGAGCUGCUGGCCGGGAGCUGCGCGGCGCGGCCCCAGCGCCCCGCGCACUUCUUGGCGAAGAGCGCGGAGGCGGGCAAGGUGGUGCUGGUUGUCCGUGGCACCCAAACUCUCGCGGACUGCCUCACGGACUGCCUGUGCGACGGGCAGAGCCUGGGCUCCGGCGGCCUCGCGCACCGCGGCGCCGCGGUGGCGGCGGAGUGGCUGGUGCGGGAGUACGGGGAGGCCCUGCGGUUCCUGGAAGAGCGGGGCUACGAGGUGGUGCUGGUGGGCCACUCCCUGGGCGCGGCGGUGGCCGCGAGCUGCGCCGUGCAGCUGCGCAGCCACGGCGGCGGAUUGAGCGUCCGGUGCGUUUGCUUCGCGCCCCCUGCUACGGUGGACCCCAGCACCGCAUUGGACUGCAAAGGUUACGUGACCAGCGUGGUGCACGACGACGACGUCAUCCCCCGCAUGCAGAUCCGGUCCCUGCUGCAGCUGUACCAUGACGUGGGGUCCUACAAUUGGCUGCCGCGGGCCUUGGAGAUGGUGCGGAACUUGCGCCAGGACCCACAAGGCUGGGUGCUGGAGUAUGGGGACUACGCCUUUGGGCUUCCCCUCGAGGAGCGUCUGGAGUCCUUGUGGAGGGCGCAGCUGGAGAAGUCCAAAGAGUUGAAGGAGGUGGAGGCGGAGUACGGCCACAUCCAGCCCCUGCGCAUCCCCGGCUUCGUGGUGCACCUCUACCGCUCUCCCAGCGAAUGCGGCUACGGGGCCACCCAGGAGGAGGCUGCGGCGCUGGAGCACAUCGAGCUGUCCCCCACCAUGGUCACGGACCACAUGCUGGACGCCUACAUCGAGGCUUUGGCACGGCUCUUGGCAGAGGCGGAGGAUCUGCACAAAGAGGACCUCCAGACGCUGCGCCGCAUUCUGCCGGAGCUGUCGGAGGAGGCCCAGCAGACCGCCGCCUUCUACACCAAAUCCGCCCGCGAGUUGGUGGCCAAGGCGCGGAGCAAGCUGCAGCAACGGCCCGACACCAGCUGAGCAGAA